AGUGACCGUUGCGCCCCACCCAAGCUCAGGCACGUCCUACAAGGUCACGGGCACUGUGGGCACGCACGGUCCAAGCGAACCUAGGACGGAACGCCGGGAGAAGCAGAAGCGAGAACGGGGAGCAAACGCCUAGGAGAUGGGAGGCUCGCCAUCGCCAUGGCCGGCACGCAAGAUGCACGGCGCGCCACUCGCGUCUGCGCUGCUGCUCUGCUCCCUCUUCCUGCAUCCGUCGCAGGCGUUCGGCGGCCCCGGCGCCUACAUUUCUCGGCUGCUUGGCGAGGGCUACAGCGAGGAGAAGCUCCCCAUGACCAUCGUCGUGCCGUCGGUGCCAGACAACUCCCCGCGGCCAGCACCGUCCUCUGCCGCUGUCGCCGCACCGGCGCCUGCCCCCACGCCAACACCCGCGCCCGCGCCAGCGACGGUGCCCGGCUCGGAGGACUACAUGCCGACGCUGCCGUCGGAGGGGCGUGGCCCUGGCGCGCCGUCCAGCGGCGGCAGCGCGGGCGCGCCGGCGCCUCUCGACGGGGCGAGCACCGCCUUCAUUAGCAGCAACCCCGCGGUGCCGCUCCCCGCCGGCGUCACCGACUCCGCCACCGUCCUGCCCAUGCCCACCCCCGGGCAAGAACAACGCCAGGUCGUAGGGGCGGGGACGCUGCUUCAGGCCAGGACGGCCCCGUUGGUCCUUCCUCUCCUCAUGGUGGUGUCCUUCCUUGCCUUCCUGUUUGGGUAGCAAAUACCAGUAGAUAGCGGAUUCCUUCUACGACUGAUGCAUCGACCAAUUAGUUGCUAGCAUAUUGCGCUCUUGUAAUAAUCAGCACUGCCUUCUCUACCGUUUAGCCAUCUGUAAACAAACUCGCAUCUGCCCUGUUGCAUGCUUCGUGUCUA